GUGUGGACGAGGAGAGCUCAGAAGUUCCUGGUGGUCAGUCUGCCCAGCAGCAUCAGACACACCUAGACUCCAUAUUUAUGAUGUUGGAGGAGAACAUUGUCACAUUUGUGAAGAACGAGCUAAAGUUGUUCCAGAAAGUUCUGAGUUCAGAUUUCUCAGAAUGCUUAGAGAGUGAGAGGGAGGAUGAGGAGGUGUAGGACGGUGAGGAUGAAGAGCAGAGGAGGAGCAGCAGAGAGGCAUUUCUGAAGAUCACACUGCACCUCCUCAGAAGAAUGAAGCAGGAGGAGCUGGCUGACUGUCUGCAGAGCAAAAGUCGCCCUGGAGUUUGUCAACGUAAACUCAAAUCUAACCUAAAGAAGAAGUUCCGGUGUGUGUUUGAGGGGAUCGCUAAAGCAGGAAACCCAACUCCUCUGAAUCAGAUCUUCACAGAGCUCUACAUCACAGAGGGAGGGACUGCAGAGGUCAGUGAUGAACAUGAGGUCAGACAUAUUGAAACAGCAUCCAGGAAACCACACAAACCAGAAACAACCAUCAGACAAGAAGACAUCUUUAAAGCCUCACCUGGAAGAGAUGAACCAAUCAGAACAGUGAUGACAAAGGGAGUGGCUGGCAUUGGGAAAACAGUCUUAACACAGAAGUUCACUCUGGACUGGGCUGAAGACAAAGCCAACCAGGACAUACAGUUGACAUUUCCAUUGACUUUCAGAGAGCUGAAUGUGCUGAAAGAGAAAAAGUACAGCUUGGUGGAGCUUGUGCAUCACUUCUUCACUGAAACCAAAGAAGCAGGAAUCUGCAGGUUUGAAGAGUUCCAGGUUGUGUUCAUCCUUGACGGUCUGGAUGAGUGUCGACUUCCUCUGGACUUCCACAACAAUGAGAUCCUGACUGAUGUUACAGAGUCCACCUCAGUGGAUGUGCUGCUGACAAACCUCAUCAGGGGGAAACUGCUUCCCUCUGCUCGCCUCUGGAUAACCACGCGGCCUGCAGCAGCCAAUCAGAUCCCUUCUGACUGUGUUGACAUGGUGACAGAGGUCAGAGGGUUCACUGAUCCACAGAAGGAAGAGUACUUCAGGAAGAGAUUCAGAGAUGAGGAACAGGCCAGCAAAAUCAUCUCCCACAUCAAGACAUCACGAAGCCUCCGCAUCAUGUGCCACAUCCCAGUCUUCUGCUGGAUCACUGCUACAGUUCUGGAGGAUGUGAUGAAGACCAGAGAGGAAGGAGAGCUGCCCAAGACCCUGACUGAGAUGUACAUCUACUUUCUGGUGGUUCAGACCAAACUGAAGAACAUCAAGUUUGAUGGAGGAUCUGAGACAGACCCACACUGGAGUCCAGACAGCAGGAAGAUGAUUGAGUCUCUGGGAAAACUGGCUUUUGAUCAGCUGCAGAAAGGCAACCUGAUCUUCUAUGAAUCAGACCUGACAGAGUGUGGCAUUGAUAUCAGAGCAGCCUCGUUGUACUCAGGAGUGUUCACACAGAUCUUUAAAGAGGAGAUAGGGCUGUUCCUGGAAAAGGUGUUCUGCUUUGUCCAUCUGAGUGUUCAGGAGUUUCUGGCUGCUCUUCAUGUCCAUCUGACCUUCAUCAACUCUGGAGUCAAUCUGAUGGCAGAAGUACAAAUGCCGCCCUGGUUAUCUAAAUUAUUUAAAGAUAAAAAGAAUUUAAAAUAUGUACACCGCAGUGCUGUGGACAAGGCCUUACAGAGUCCAAACGGACACUUGGACUUGUUCCUCCGCUUCCUCCUGGGUCUUUCACUGCAGACCAACCAGAAUCUUCUACACGGCCUGCAGGCACAGACAGGAAGUAGCUCACAGACCUUUCAGACCUUCUUACAAGCCCUGCAGACACGGACAGGAAAUAGCCCACAGACCAGUCAGGAAACAGUCCACUACAUCAAGAAGAAGAUUGAGGAGGGUCUGUCUCCAGAGAAAUGCAUCAAUCUGUUCCACUGUCUGAAUGAACUGAAUGACUGUUCUUUAGUGGAGCAGAUCCAGCAGUUCUUGAGAUCAGGAAGUCUUUCCACAGAUGAACUCUCUCCUGCUCAAUGGUCAGCUCUGGUCUUCAUCUUACUGUCAUCAGAGGAAGAUCUGGAUGUGUUUGACCUGAAGAAAUACUCUGCUUCAGAGGAGGCUCUUCUGAGGCUGCUGCCUGUGGUCAAAGCCUCCAACACAGCUCUAUUGAGUGGCUGUAACCUCUCAGAGAGAAGCUGUGAAGUUCUGUCCUCAGUUCUCAAAUUGCAGUCCUCCAGUCUGAGAGAGCUGGACCUGAGUGACAAGCCUGUACAUGUAUAA